AUUCCUACAACUUUCAAGUUUGAACCACUGAAUCCUGGCGCCAUUUUUGUACCCAAAUAAAUCUCCAACUGCAAACCCUAGCGAAAUUGUACCCCAAAACCACCGAAUUUCGCCUCAGAAACCCUAGAAUUGAAUCGAUUAGGUAAAUGGACAAUGCAAGAAAGGCUGCGUGCCCGGAAAACGAAGAGGUGGCGGCGUAUUUGAUGAACAAGCGGCAUGAAUUGGCUCAGAGCUCCAAGGGAAUUUCCGACAAUAUGGACAUGACGCUUUCGAAGGCUCAUUCAAACAUUUGUAACUACCAGAACCCAAUAAGAAACCUUAAAGACUUGGCCCAGAUUAAGGGUGUGGGUAAGUGGAUCUUGAAGCAGAUGCAAGAGUUUUUUCAGAUGGAUUGUGGCCCUUCUGAGAUUGAAAACUUGACCAAAAAGGGAAACAAAAAUAAGGGACCAAAGCGUUAUGUGCCACAAAAGAAUUCUGUUGCUUAUGCUCUACUAAUUUCACUUUUCAGGGGAAUAGAAAAUGGCAAUGAAUUUAUGCACAAAAAGGAACUCAUUGAUGCAGCUGAAACAAGUGGAUUAUCUCGUGUACCGAUUGCGCCAGAAAAGGCAAAGGGAAAAGCUGGACAUUUUGGGAGCUCACCUAGGGACUGGUACAGUGGAUGGAACUGUAUGAAAACACUGAUAAGUAAAGGCCUUGUUGUGAAGUCCAGUUGCCCAGCUAAGUAUAUGCUGACAGAAGAAGGAAAAGAAGUAGCACGUGAAUGCCUGUUGAGAUCUGGAAUGCUUGGUCCAAAUAAGAAAUUUGAUGGGUUGGAAAGAUGUUCAGAUUUGGCCCAAAGAGACAAAGUGUGUGUUGAUUUGCAAGAAGACUUGCCAGAUUUAGAGCCUGUGAUGGCUGUUUCAGUUGCAAAAGCAGCAACUAAUAAUGUGAAAAAGGGAAAGUUAUCGGUAGAUAUUCCACCUGAUUAUCUUGAGAAGGUCACAAAAACAUCUCAGGGAAAGGACAUAUCAUCACUUGAUCGCCUUCGAGAAGAUGAUAUUUAUAGUUUAAGUUCCAUUCCUAUAUCUAGAACGGAUGACCAUUAUGCACCUUCUUAUUCGUUCCAACUUAGAGAUGGUCGAACAGGGGCAAAUUCGAGUGAAAUGCAAAGACACGCAAAUGAUGCUUCUAGCAGUAAAAAUUCAUUGGUUCAUACUUUUGGACGGAGUUCUUGUCCUUUGAAACCGUGCUCAUCUAAUAAUGUUGAAGAGAAUGUUAAGAGUCAGCUUGGCUUCCAAGGAUCAGAAACUAAACCCAACUCUUCGGCGACACCACCUUUGGCAAUUGGAGAGAAGUUUGGGGAUGUUUAUGAAGUAGUUCUGAUAUUAGACAACCGGGAGCAAUUUGCUAUGCAAGGAUCACGUUCCAGAAAAAUUAUAGAGAAUAUAUGCUCUCUGUUUCAAAUUCAGAUAGAGGUUAGAAGGUUGCCUGUCGGUGAUGGCAUUUGGAUAGCUCGUCAUAAGUAUCUUGGAAGUGAAUACGUUCUCGAUUUCAUUGUUGAGAGGAAGAAGAUUGAUGAUUUGCGCCACUCGAUAAGGGACAACAGAUAUCGAGAUCAGAAAAUGCGGCUUGUGCGAUGUGGGCUUAAGAAGAUGAUAUAUCUGGUGGAAGGUGAUCCAAAUUCCUCAGAGGCAGCUGAAAGCAUCAAAACGGCUUGCUUCACGACUGAGAUCUUGGAGGGGUUUGAUGUGCAACGAACUAAUGGAUUAGCUGAUACAUUGAAAAAGUACGGUUAUCUUACUCAAUCAAUCAACCUAUACUACAGAUCUCUGGAUCCCAAUCAAAAGUGCAUUGAGGGAUGCCCUCCUUUUGAUGAAUUUAUCAAAAGGUGUGAAGAGUUGGAUAAAAUGACAGUUAGCGAUGUAUUCGGUAUCCAGCUUAUGCAGGUUCCACAAGUAACGGAGGAAAUUGCUCUUGCUGUUUUAGAUAUGUACCCAACAUUGUUGUCUCUUGCUUCUGCCUAUUCACUUCUUGAGGGUGAUGUUAGUGCACAGGAGGAAAUGCUUAAAAGGCAGAGCAACAACUUGAUCAGUGGCCCUGCAAGCAGAAACAUAUUCCAACUAGUUUGGGGUGGCUAAAAUCUCUGUAUAAAUCUCUCUCUCUCUCUCUCUCGAUAUAAGAAGGAAUGUUUUCUUCUGCAGUUUAAGAAUUUAUGUGAAGGGUUUAGUGUAAAAUCCUAUCUUUUCCUUUUAAGGCCUUUGUGGUUUUACUCUCAAAGAACCAUCUGCUGAUUUUUUUGACCGUAGAAAGUUGUUUAGUCGGCCAAUGUAUCUUAUGAAGGUAAAUUAGAUACACCUCUGUAAAUUAAUACUCGAUAAAUUAAUAAACAAUUCUAAGA